UAACGUGUACAAAUGUAAAUAAACCUGAAUUGACAUAUUUUUACCUUAAUUUGAUUCAAUACAUUUAAACAAUCUAACCAAUGACCUUCGAGUUAUUUAUGACAAUGAUGUUUACGUAUAAAUGGAAAUUAGUAUGUACUGUAUGCUAGCAUUAUCAGGUUUGCUAUUUGAUCAUACAACAUGCAAUAGAUAUAAAAUAACUGAAUACGAAAAAAGAUGUCCUCACAUAUCUGAAUGGAAAGUAAUUGCAGCAAAAAGAUGUACAGAACCGUCUAAAUACUAUUGUCUUUGGGAUGAUUACCAGAAGGAGUAUAGCGAGUCUUGUCGAGACAAGCCGACUCUGUGGCCUUUGGGUACAAAGUGUGUUUUACGAGGAAACCUUGACAGUGAAGAAUGCGUCUCUGAACGCUUUCAGCCAUUUGUAUUUAGUACUGAGGGAAACAGUGAUUGUAUAUACAAGAAGUCCCUAUGUGAGGGUAAAGGGCUUGUUUUUCACCACAAUGGGUCCACCAAAGACAAUCGUAAAUGUCGUUGUGACAAUGAUUGCGGAUAUUCAUUAGUUUCAUCACCAGAAGAUAAUUCAUUUUGCAUUCCCUUUCAAGAAGACUGUUCGUGCCUUAAAAAUACGUCUGACGAGUCAUUCAUUCAUUUUACAGAAAACAACUGUUCGAUAGACACUUUGGUUAGAUAUUCAACGACAAAACGGUUGCCACCAACAGUGAAGACCAACUUUUCGAACAUGGAUUUUAACUUUCAAAAAGAUACUACUUUUAGAAUUGAACGAGAUAUCUUAUCCAAUAUAUUCAAGACAUGUGCUUCUAUAUUUAUAGUAUUAAGUAUCAUAAUGGCAAUAGGAAACAUUACUGCUAUUACAUUUCAUACCUGUGGUGACCGAAUACACCACGAAGAAGGUUCAAAUAGAUUAAGUUACAUCGGAAUGAAAAGUGAAACGGGGAAAACAUUUGACUCAGGAGAAAGUACUAAUGACAUAAGUUCAGUCGAGAUGGAAUAUGAAACAGACGAAAAAACAGUUCAUGAAGAAGGUUCAAUUGAGCUACGUUACAGCGAGUCGGCAAAAGAAACAGGAAGCACGAAUAAACAUGAUUUGCCACAGAAAACAGAGAAGUCAUAUCCUUAUUUAACCUUGCAAAAAGACACCCACAGCUUUUUUAAUCGUGGAGCAACAGGCGAUAAAUUUACCUCGAAGAAACAAGUUGAAUUGGAUGCUAAACCUGACAACGUUAGGACAAACGCAAGACAGUUUCUAGACGAACAGACUCGCAUUGUUUUAGUUGGAAAAAUUGGGGUAGGAAAGAGUUCAACAGCGAACACUUUACUUGGACGCAGCUGUUUUCGUACAAGUGACGUUCCUACACUAGUGACGGAGAAAUGUAUGAAGGCGACAGGAACAGUUCUUCAAAAAUCAGUUUUCCUAAUUGAUACACCAGGCAUAUGUGGAAUAAAUGAAAAGAAACAAGAAACUGAAUUAGAAAUUAAAAGGUGUAUUCAAUUGGCAGCUCCUGGCCCACAUGUCGUUUUAUUUAUAAUUGAGUAUGGGCGUAUCAGACAAGACGAUCUUGAUUCAAUUAGUACAUUUUUAAAUUAUUUUGGAGAAAAACUGAAACAGUUCCUUAUUAUCGUUUUUACCCAUGCUGAUAAAAUGAAGGAAGAUCAGACGAUAGAGCAAUGGCUUGGACACAUUUCCGAAUUAGACAGUUUUGUGAAUGAAUGCGGGCGACGCUUCUGUUUAAUUAACAAUGAGGCCAAUGCACGUGACAAAGAACAAUACGUUUUGUGUCUUAUGAACGCUAUUGAUGCACUGAAAUUCAAAAAUGGUCUGCUUCACUAUACCGGUGACGCAAUAAGAUAGAACGAACACAACAUCUAAGGUAGAGAGCGAGUAAUAUUUAAAGCUGGUUUAAAAGAAAUCAUUUUCAAAUUUCAUAAUGCAUCGACUAGCCUUACUUCGUUUCACUUUUCAUAAUAUGAACUUUUGAUAAUUAUUUUGUUCUUUCAGAAUAACUCACAAGGUUGUGAAAAAUGUUGGGGUAAGGCUACAAUAAUAUUAUAGGAGCACAUGUGUAUACUUAUAUGGAAAUAGAAAAUAGAAAUCGCAGAAACUUAAUUCUUGUGUAGGCUCAAGAUAAAUCUUGAAUUGGGAAUAUCACACUGAACUCAGAGAUAUAUAACCAAAACUAUUUGUAUAGUUUUAUAAACUGAUAUUCACCAUAUAGUUGGUAUUCCUACUAAUGUCUUCCCGUCUUGUUAUUGUAUUGAUAUGAAGCGAAUUCAUAUCGGUAACUUUAAAUUAUUUAUCAAAGGUACCAGAAUUAUAAUUUAAUACGCCAGACGCGUGUUUCGUCUACAUAAGACUCAUCAGUGACGCUCUGAUCAAAAUAGUUAUAAAGCCAAUCAAGUUCAAAGUUGAAGAGCAUUGAGGAUUCAAAAUUCCAAAAAGUUGUGCCAAAUACAGCUAAGGUAAUCUACGCCUGGCACAAGAAAAUCCUUAAUUUUUAGAAAACGUCAAAGUUUUGUAAACAGGAAAUUUAUAAAAACUACCAUAUAAUUGAUAUUCAUGUCAACACCGAAAUACUGACUACUGGGCUGGUGAUACCCUCGAGGACGAAACGUCCACCAGCAGUGGCAUCGACCCAGUGGUGUAAAUAUUUCUCAAAGGUUAACUGAUGACACAACUUGGCCACUUUAAAAUAGGAUACAUGCUUAUCAUGAUAAACGUCAGGAUUUAAUUUUUUCCGAAUGAUAUCUCAAAUGAAACGUCACGCACGGGCAACAUCACUAACGUACGGACCUCAUUAUUAGGGUGUGCUCGUAACUCAAAAUAUAUUGUAACCGUUGUAUGAGGAAGUACGAUUGAGAACCACAGUACAGACGUUUUAUUAUCACAAUCAGCGGAACAACACGACAUAUCAAUGUCUCAUCUCACGAGAAUAGUAUAAUAAGCAACCAUACGACUUUAGUCAAUGAGAAAAAAAAACCCAUACCGUUAAGCCAGAUACAAAAGGCCCAAUAUAAAAAUUUGAAUCAUUAAUUAGGAAAACUAACUGCUAAGUUUAAAACAAAGGAAUUUUCGAAAAAAAAAAUAAAUACUACAGACAUGAAACAACUAGAACUACUGAACUGAAACUACUGGGCCAAAUUUAACCAAACAUUGCUGCAAUCAUCAUUAGGGUAUUUAGUUUAAAAAAUGUGUCCGGUGACCCCGCCUGCCAAACAACAUGGCCCACAUGGCUAAAAACAGAAAACAGAACUUAGGGGUAAAAUGCAGUUGUUGGCUUAUAUCUCUGAAACUAAAGCAUUUAGAGCAAAUCUGACAUGGGGUAUACAUGUUAUCAGGUUAAGAUCUAUUUUUCCUAAAAUUUUAAGAUGAAUCAGACAACUUGUUGCUUGUUUGCUGCCCCUGAAUUAGUAAUUUUGCAUUUUUUGGUUAUUAUCUUGAAUAUAAUUAUAGAUACGAGAAAAAUUGUGAACAGCAGUAAUGUUUAGCAAAGUAAGAUCUACAAAUAAGUCAACAUGUCCGAAAUAGUCAGUUGAUCCCUUCAGGAUGUACUUAGGUGAGGUUUUGGAAUAAGUGUCAAAUGUUCGGACUCCUUGGUGUUUUUCCAUACGAUACAAGGUAAAAUAUUUUGCCCCAUAACACCUAUUUAUCUUUUAACAUAAGACUUAAUAGCUCAUAAAAGUUCAUUUGACAAAAUUUAAGCAGAUUCUUGAUUUUUUUUUCUUUUGAUUUGAGACCCAAAUAAUACCAAUGCAAAUAAAAGGUAAACGUCCGAGUCAGCCUUUUCCCGCCAUAUUUUAUAAAUCAAAUAUCUCGAAAAGGAGCUCCAUGACCUAUCAGUAUUUUUAGCUUCUUUUGAUCCUUAACUAAUACUCUUCCAGCUUAAAGUAUCAAUUUUGAAUUCUUGAUUUAUUUAAUUUUACCUUAGAUCACCUAAGUACAUCCUUAAGGAGUUAUUGCCUGAUAGUCAAUUUUUAACAAUUUUUCGUAAAUUUAUGUUAUCUUUAAAAAAAUUCUCCUCCUGAAACAACUGAGACAAAUUUAACCAACCUUGGCCACAAUCAGCAUUAGGGUGACUGACAUGGCAGACAUGGCUAAAAUAUAACAUAGGGUAAAAAUGCAGUUCUUUAGCUCACCUGGCCCAAAGGACCAAGUGAGCUUUUCUCAUCACUUGGCGUCCUGCGUCGGUCGUCGUCCGUCGUCCGUCAUCGUUUACCUUUACAAAAAUCUUCUCCGAAACUACGGGGCCAAAUUUAACUAAACUUGGCCACAAUCAUUAUGGGGUAUCUAGUUAAAAAAAUAUGUCCGGUGAUCCGGCCAACCAACCAAGAUGGCCGCCAUGGCGAAAAUAGAACAUGGGGGUAAAAUGUAGAUUUUGGCUUAUAGCUCUGAAACCAAAGCAUUUAGAGUAAAUCUGACUAUCGUAAAAUUGUUUAUCAGGUCAAUAUAUAUCAGCCCUGAAAUUUGCAGAUGAAUCGGACAACCCGUUGUUGGGUUGCUACCCCUGAAGUGGUAAUUGUAAGGAAAUUUUGCCGUUUUUGGUUAUUAUCUUGAAUAUUAUUAUAGAUAGAGAUAAACCGUAAACAGUAAUAAUGUUCAAUCUACAAAUAAGUCAACAUGACCAAAAUGGUCAGUUGACCCCUUAAGGAGUUAUUGCCCUUUAUAGUCAAUUUUUAACAAUUUUUCGUAAAUUUUUGUAACGUUUUACAAAUUUUUAAUUGUAAGCAGCAAGAAUGUUCAGUAAAGUAAGAUUUACAAACACAUCACCAUCACCAAAACACAAUGUUGUCAUGAAUCCAUCGGUGUCCUUAUUUUAAUAUGCACAUAGACAAAGGUGAGCGACACAGGCUCUUUAGAGCCUCUAAUUAUUCAUAUCUCUGAAACUAACUAAAGCAAAAGUAUAACGGUUGCAUUAUUUAAUGCAUCAAUUGUAAAUAAAAUUAUCAGGUGAGCGACACAGGCUCCUUGGAGCCUCUAGUUUUUUUUUUGUUUGGUGAUAAGGUUAUCAAUCUUUCUUUCAUGUAUGGUUUAAACUGUGUUUAAUUAUGAAUGCUAUAUUUACCCUCGUUCUCUUUAUUUCACGAAAAUAUAUAUACUUAUAUGAGGCAGAUGCUACAUGAUGAGCUAACGAAUGUAUAUUGAUGCUAGUUUGUAUUUAUUAACAACAUUCUCUUUUGUAAUCGGAAUACACC